CCCUGUAAAAUUGGCAAUUUUAAAUGUUGGGAAGUAGUUAACAUAAAGUAUGUUGAAGGCACAGAAAGGGGUCUAUGCACUGAGACCCAGCACCUCAUUGGUAAACUCUGGCCUGCACAGAGUGAUGAAGAGCAGAGUAACAAGUCUCAUUACACACCAGCUAAGGUUGGAUAACAAAAAUGUUUAGUGCAGCCAGUCAGUUUGGUCCCAAAGAGCAGUAUGGGACUGGAGGAAAGGAAGGAGAUCACCCUAACCAACCUGGAGGUUUUGUUCUGUGGGUCUGGCAGGCAGUCAAGAGAUGGGAAAGAAAUCUGUGUAUGAAAAGAAGGACAUUCAUGAACCUGCUGUUGGCAAGCUGACAUAGCCUGGACAUGCACUCUUUUCUCUUCCAAGGACAAGUUUAUAGAAAGAACAAAUAAUAGAUAAACUAACAGAGAUGCCAGAAUGGGACAAGGGAGGCCCCUAGGGUACAAAAUUUAAGGAGGCACUCGCUCAGGGUCAUGAAGGUUCAUGGAUGAGGCCUGCGCAAACCUAGGCGUGAGUGUCUCCUGACAUCGUGUGCUCUGGGGGCAUCAAUUGCCUCACCUUCGUGCUGGUUCACGAGUUUACACUACAUCAGAAACAACUGUUUAUUCUUUUCCCAGAUGAUACGGCUAUGUUUUGGGAAUAGCAAAUCUUAGUGAAAAAUAGUAAUGAGAAAGCAGUAAAAAAAAAACAAUCUGGACACUAAUGGCCCAUUUUGUGAUGACAAAUUGGCAACCAUUUGCUCCAAUGAAUCAAUUUUUAUUUGCAUUUAUACAUUUUCGAUUACACUUCGAUUACACUUCCAAACUCUGUGAUAGGAUUUCACUUUCUUGGUUUAUAUAUUUAUUCAUUCAAAGGUAUUUAUUGAGUUCCUACCUCAUGUGUCAUUGUGCUAGGCAAUUGAUUAUAUAUUGGUGAAUAAAACAGAAAAGGUGACUGCCCUUUUGGAGUUGAUAAGUGAGACAGAAAGAGACACUUAAUAUGUACAUAAGAAAAUUAAUAAGUACUUUUCACUGUGGCAAGGACAAUAACAGAAACAAACACGAUGCAGGAAUGUCGACUAUUACUGGUUCAUGUUCGAGAACACAGUCAAGGAUCACCUCCAAGACCUUUGGCGAUGCAGCGUGGUUGAGGAGGAUUCCUGCCAGAAGUCCUAAGACAUUUGAGAAAAUUUUAUUUAUUUGAGUGAGGGAGUGCAUGAGAGCGGAGAAGGUCAGAUGGAGAAGCAGACUCCCCAUGGAGCUGAAGCCCUAUGUGGGAUUCGAUCCCAGGAAUCCGGGAUCAUGACCUGAGCUGAAAGCAGUUGCUUAACCAGCAGAGCCACCCAGGAGGUGGGAACCACCCACUCCAGGUUCUAUGGAUUCCAGUGACACAGACCAACACCAGACCUGCGAGGUGUCAGAGGUCUCACCAAGCUCCUGCUUCUUCUGGACCUCUCCCAGGAAAGUGAUCACCCAACUAUGCUGUGAUUCGGAGUACAGGGCUUUACAGAGUAGAAAGCCAGGACAUAGCUUCAUGGUUUUCAGCCAUUUUCCCUAACUGAUGUCUGGGAACUCUGAAGCAUUCGGGCCCCACCUGGUCUUCUGGGGACCACCGGGAUCCUGAGAUCAUGCUGUCACCCCUGGGAUAUCACCCCACUUCACCCCUUGAACACUUUUAAGCCAGGAUUGUCCCAGACAGGGGUAGACACCUAAGUGUUUCAAUCAUGCACCUGGCUGUCGAUGGAAACUUUGCAGUAGGCUCCUUCAGCUAUUAUCCAACCUAUGCCUGUGGACAUCUGAUAGAAAGACAUGCUGGAAUCAUCCGUAUUUUGCAGAGAAGGGACCAUCCCUGUCAGGCACAACGGCUUAUCUAAGGUCCAAACCAGAAGUUGGCUGAAACCACCCCCGCGAUGCCUCAGGAUGUUUCGAGGGAGACGCCAUAAGAACGCUCCAGAGGACAUGGUGCAGGAGCUGAAUGUUGACAUCCGCUGCUCUCCUUCCCCAAAAGACAAGAAGCCGCACAGGGACAACAGAGUCUGGCGCUGGCUCAGGGGGGAAAAUGGCUCAACCAGGAAGAGGAAUAAGACCUUGAUACUAUGGAACACUCGUGCCAGUUCAUUGGAGGCCAUAAUAGAUUACCUGGUGGCUGCCGUCAUAAAAGAAGAUCUAAACUAUGUUCACAUGUUUCUUGAAAUACAUCGCACCCUUGCUACCACCCAGGAGGUGCUGGGCCUCCUCUUUGCAAGAUUCGGAUGUGUUUACUCCACGUAUGACGAGGUCGGCGGACCCCAGGACCAGCGCAACAUGGCCGUCUAUGCCAUCCUGGAUAUGUGGGUGGAAAGGUAUCCAGGGGAUUUUGUGCAGCCUCCAGAGUAUCCCAACUUGCAUGCUCUACUGGCCUACCUGCAGGUCAAUGCGCCUGGCUCGGACCUGCUGCGCCGUGCCCAGCUUCUGCUGCCAGAAAGGCAGCGCGCUGAGACCACAGAGCCAGAGGCUGGGGCUACAUCACCGGCCCCGGAGCCAGAUCAGGAUGUGUCUCGGGAAGUGGUUCCAGCAGCCACUCUGGCACCCGCUGCACCUCUGGGGCCUGAGCUGGUCCCCGCCAUCCCUGCUGCGGCUGCUCACUAUGGGAUAGGAAGACCAGGGCAGAUGGUCGUCAGGGCCCUCGUUCACUUCUCUGCCACGGAAGAGCCACCAGGCCUUUUGACUUUCCUGGAUGACCAGCAGGGUCCUGCCCCCGAGCUGCCGCCACCUGCCUCCGUGGAGCAAGCAGGCUCAGCCCCCGAGCUGCCGCCCCCUGCGUCCGUGGAGCAAGCAGGCUCGGUCCCCGAGCUGCCGCCCCCUGCCUCCGUGGAGCAAGCAGGCUCGGCCCCCGAGCUGCUGCCCCCUGCCUCCGUGGAGCAAGCAGGCCUGGUCCCCGAGCUGCCGCCGCCUGCCUCCGUGGAGCAAGCAGGCUCGGUCCCGGAGCUGCCGCCACCUGCCUCCGUGGAGCAAGCAGUCUCGGUCCCCGAGCUGCCGCCACCUUCCUCCGUGGAGCAAGCAGGCUCUGUCCCCGAGCUGCCGCCACCUGCCUCCGUGGAGCAAGCAGUCUCGGUCCCCGAGCUGCCGCCACCUUCCUCCGUGGAGCAAACAGGCUCGGCCCACGAGCUGCCGCCCCCUGCCUCCGUGGAGCAAGCAUGCUUCGCUCCCGAGGAGCACCUUGUGCUUGCUACAACCAGAAAGCGUGUCUUUCCCAUCCCCCUUAUUGCUUUUUUUGUAUUUCUUCUCUUUUGUGUGUAUGUAUAUAAUUACAUACUAGAUUUAAUUAAAGACAGUAGAACUUGAGUUUACAUAA